ACACGAGUCUGACGUGACUGAAAUGGGACGAGAAGAAGACUGGGGGAACUUUUACCGGAAGAAGAGUUGGACUAGUUGGAGGGCUGAGUGAUAAUAUAACGAUAACUUCAGAUAUUAAGUACAGUAUCCUGUGUCAGAGAGAUUUUUCCUGAGUAGUCGGUGUGUCUGUGUGUCUUCAGGAAGUGUCGGUGUAUCGGUGUGUCAGUGUUCGUCCCUCUAGCAGCAGCUCCCGGUCAGUCAUGCAGCGUGCCCCGCAGGCUCACCCUCUGUUCGGGGGAGCUCUGUCGGCCGUCCUUCCUCACAGCACCGUGGACACCAGCGAGCUCAGGGAGAUCCCGGACAACCAGGAGGUGUUUGCCCAUGCGCACACGGACCAGAGCCUGAUCGUGGAGGUGGUGGAGUACCAGGCUCAGGUAGCAGACCAGGACGCAGCCAGGUACCACUUUGAGGACAUCGCAGGCAGCAACAAGGCUUCAGAGCCAGGUGGUUUCCAGGUGACUGAUGUGGUUCCUCUGUCUCAGUCUGAGCUGGCCCUGUCAGACUGCAGCUCCGCCUGGAUGCUCACAGGGACUCAGUGUGUGUCCAAGUUCAACGAGGAGGCUAAGAACACGGUGACCCUGCACCUGUCUGUGUUCCGGCUGCCUCAGUUCUCCACAGACCUCCUGAUCAGCUUCAACGACCCUCAGAGCAUCAGCCCAGCCAGCAGCAGCGCAGCCUCAUCGGGGACACACAGAGAGCCGUGGACCCUGCAGGACUUCCAGCGCCUGGUGCAGACUUUGACACUGCAUGAUCCGGGUCUGUUCGGGUAGAACAAACGACUCGCUCUCUCUGUGGGGGGGAGCUAACCUGUCUACAGGUGUAUGUUCAUGCACCUUUGAACUGUUGAGGACUGUGCAGGACUUCUCUGGGGCUUGUGCUCAGUCCUGACCACAGAAGCUCAUUGACUCUGCCAUGACCACCUACAGGACCAGAACCUCAAGAGUACCUGCUUGGUCCUGAGUUAGCUCUUCACUGACGAUCAGAUACAUUCUGCAGAUAUAUGUCAUUAAAUGUUUUAGAUUUAAAACAAAUCUAGUUAUUGAAGGUCGUCUCCUUUAUUUUGCUCCAGCAUGCUCUGACUUACCCAGAGUGUGUUUUUACUGAAGCUGCAGCGAUUCAUGGAUUCAAAGAUCCAGACAAAUAAAAUGAAUAGCACAACAGGUC